UUAACGCAAAGCUAAACACUUUUAGUCAUGAUGCAAUCUAACCCGGUGUUGUUGCAGUUUCACGUUGUCAGGUGUCGUCGAUUGCAAGAAGGUAACAAGGUCGUGUUCAUGUUUUCGAAGUCUCCCGUAAAGCAUUAUCAUUUGGCGGUUCCUCAGCAGUAGGUAUAUAAACGGCAGCUAUUGUCUUUCUAAGCAUACUCUGUGUUUAGUCUCUUGCAACGGACAAACUAAAUAGUAAUAUUCCAACAGCAAAAGUUAUAUAUUAUACUUAAUAAUAUAAGACCUUAUACACUUGUAAAAGACACGACGACAAGCGAAGAUAUCAGUUAUGAAUUGUAUCCAAGUAUGUUUGGUGUUGGUAGCUGGUUGCAUGAUGUUGGCUUCGGCCGAUCUGACAUCGUACAAGCUUGGGUACAGCACUAAUGACUUAAACACCGCCGAGCUGGACGCGAUCAAAGACUGCGACCCGCUGACGUCCGGUUACAUGGUCACCGGUUCCACCCCAGCGCCGCUCAUGCGCACCGCGGUUGAUAUCGAACCCGCCCGAAUUAUGUCGGUUACUCCGUCACCAAUUCUUUCCACAGCCUCUGAGUAUGUCUCCGUGUCGACUCCGGCACCGAUCCUGCGUACCGCGGUUGAUAUCGAACCUGCGCGCAUCGUGUCCAUGACUCCAUCGCCGAUCAUUUCCACGGCCUCAGAGUUCGUCUCCGUGUCCACCCCGGCACCGAUCAUGCGCACCGCGAUUGAUAUCGAACCCGCUCGCAUCAUCGACACAGCACCACUGAAGUUGGAGAGCAGAAUCGCAACUAGCCCACUGUUGAACGCUUUCCGUCCCACGCUCACGACUUUUGACUCGACCGCAUGGCAGGCCAACCUGGAAAACGCUUCACCGGCCCCGAUCGCCAUGAAGACGAUAACCAAAACCGCAAACCUUGGAUCUUCGAUCACCAGCACGAAAUUGGAAGCUAUGCCAACGAUCCGUUCUCAAUACACCUUAGCUACCGCUGCCCCGCUCAUCCAGUCCAAAAUCGCCAUGCCCAUCCAACAGUCUAUUCCAAUCACUAGACCGCUGACUUCCAGAAUCCUGCCACUGCCAUCCGUGUCCACGUCGUACUCGUACAUCCCACGGACAUACGCCUCGUCUUACCUUAACACGUACACCGCACCUCAAUACUAUUCGACCUCAACCAGAUAUUUAGCUGCACCUCAAUUCUACUCGUCUGCUGCAUCCAUCGCACCUCAAUAUUAUUCAUCUGCUGCGGCCAUUGCACCUCAAUACUACUCAUCUGCGGCCUUCGCGCCUCAAUACUACUCGGCCGCACCCAAAUACUAUUCCUCCGUUUCGUUGGCCGCCGACGAACCAUGUGACAAAAAAUAGACUUUUCGUCGAUUUUUAACUUGUAUACUUUGCAGCCAUCAAAAAUUAUUUUAUUAUGUCAAUAAAAGAAUUAAAAAAAUA